CAAAAUCGAAGCACCAGGAAAGUAUAGUAUGCUCAAGCACAAAAUACGGUGACAGGAUAUCAUGAGGAUGAAACACAAGUUAUGCGCGUCACAGACUAACUUACGCCACUGGUGUGCAUUGUACCAGUACUUUACGUUACCGAAACUGCAAUAAAGAAGAUUGCCAGCCUGGCAUUAUUUCCGACGGUAUUGCGUGCUAUUAAUACACAACAUCUUGUCUGCGUGUUUUCUACUGUGUGUAGGACAUAUCAGGAGUUGAAGAUUUAGUGCACAAUGAGACGAUCCGGAGGAGAUUUAUGGCUGAAGAUUGUUGUUAUGGCGGCGAUGCUAACAUUCGCUGUGUGUAGAGAUCCGGUGCGUCACCUCGUCGGUGGUAACGAUAGGUGGAAACCUAAUGUUAAUUACACUGAUUGGUCACUUCAACAGGUUUUCUACGUCGGCGACUGGCUUUAUUUUGUGUACGAUAGGAACUUGUUCAACGUGUUAGAGGUAAACGAAACAAGCUAUGGAAACUGCAGUGAUCAAGGAUUCAUCUUCAACAUCACGAGAGGCGCAGGACGUGAUGUGUUUGAGCUCACUCAACCGAAACAAUACUAUUUCCUCUCAAGUGGUGGUUAUUGCUACAAUGGAAUGAAAGUUAGCGUCAAUGUGGUUGAAUUUGUUCCUGCUCCUGUACCUUCCCCGCCCCAAAGUGGUUCCUACAUGAUUAAAGGAAUCAAUCCGCUCGUCUUGUUGAUAGUGAUCGUUGUUUGGGCUGUUUAGGUUCAUAAAGGAUGAAGAUUCAAACAGGUUUUACUAAAUAUUGUACUCAAUGUUUAAUCACUGAUGUAUGGAUUCAUGUUUAGUUAUCUUGUUUUCAUGUUUGAGUACAUU